AUAGCUGAUCUUUGCAUUACUAGAUCUACCCGCUGAAUACCGCAAGCAUGCUCAUUCCUCGCCUUUCGAGAUCUCUGGCGCUGCCUCGUGCCGGACCUUCCUUGGGUGUCCGCCGAGGGUUUCACGUCGCACCGAUCCGACUCGACCUCGAUCGAUCAGCGGCAUCAGCUUCCUCGUCUACGCCUCAGGGAGAAGAUAUUCCAGCGAGGCUGAUAGGGACACGGGAAGAGAUUGAGAGGAAGAAAGUAUUGGCGAGGGACAAGUACAAGGCUCAGCUCGAGAAGCGGAUGAAGGAGGAAAAGGUCUCAUCGAUCGAUGAUCUGAGAGCUAGGAUCGCGCUCAAAAUGAAGAAGGAUGUCAAGCCUGCAACGACAACGGGUUCAGGUGUCGAGGCGGAUUCAGCAGCGAACGCGUCCCCAUCCGCCUCGAGUCCGUCGCCUGCCAAACGGAAACCAGCUGCCAAGCAGGAUGAUGCUCAGGUCAACAACGAUCGAGCCGGGAUCAAGCCGCUCUCGCAGAUCCUGAAUCUCCCCCUGAUCUACUCGUCCCCGCAUACCACCUCUCAAAUCUCUUCCCUCUGGCAAGCCUAUCACUCCGCCCACCCAACGCUCGCACCCACCUUCCUCUCGGCUUCGAUCCCGCCAGGGACGUAUGCGAGCAUGGUCGAGCUCGCCAAACAACAUCCGGUCUUCUUGCUCCCUCUGCCCAGAGAACAAGAGGGCGGCAAGGUCGGCGGAGGGGAGGCGAGUUGGGAGAUGUUCUUCUUGCAAUGGACGUUCCACCCGACGCCGUCCGUCAACCACGAGGAUGUGGAUUCGACCGGCAGGACACGCGAGGUGGAGAGACAACCGGCUUCGUCGGUCAUGUUCACCUCGUUGGAGGAAUACAAGCAAAAGGGCGAGUGGGCCCGUCCAUGGUUGGUACUCACCCACUACCCGGACCUGCACAACAAUCCCCUCGGACACCCUGCUCCUUCCGAACCCAACGUGGACGCCAAGGGUAAAGCGGAGGUGGUCAUCGACCCGACCGCGCCCCCACAAGCUCACCCGGUCGUACUCAUGCGAGGGGAGAUCUCGCCGUCGUCCACCAAAUCCCCCGUGUCGUCGCCAUUACCGUCAACAGACCUCGCGUUGACGCAAGCCGAGGCGCAGUUGUUGGCGCUCGGUCUGCAGAGGUUUUACUGUUCGACGGUACAAGUCGGCAGGGAAAGUGACGUGGCGAGACGGGAGAGGGAAGAGAGGGAAGCGUUGUUGAGAGGAUUCGGGAAGGAGGGUUGGGAUUGGAACGCAUUGGUCAGGCUGGCCUUUGGCGGGAUGGUAUGAGCGUCGGCGGGAACGUAUAGACGAUGUGCAUAGAAUGGGUACUGUAUCAUUUAGCACGGACGACGGUGAUGUUCACAAUCAUGCCAACAAUGGGCGGUCACGUCGGACUGCAAGUU